AUGAUUAGAGGCAACUCCGAUGCUUCGUACCCGUCACAAGACAGCCAAGCCAAGCCAAACCAAUCGCAUGGUCUCAAACCCAAGAUCUACACUACGCUUCGAAAGGUCCACCGUGUCAUCGACUUGAUGUUCGCAGUAGCACAGCCAGUAGUCUGCCAGAACACCAGAGUGGACGGCAGAGGUUCCGAUGCCAUCGACAACAGGGCAGACAUGGAGAACUUGUUUAUCUACUUCCUCGACAUACCCUGCAUCGACAUACCCUGCAUCGACAUACCUUACAUCGACAUAUCUCAUCCCUUGAGCGAAUCAGACAUUACUGGCUUCUCAUCCCGACCAUGCACCCAAAUGGUGCAGCUCAUCCGCGUGAUCAUCGAAAGCGUACUGGAUAUGAAAGUUCCCAUGGACCGUCUCGUGCUGCCACACGGCUCGGCUACCGUCAUUUCUAGAGGCAAUCUCGCCAAACUCCUCGUUCCGUGGGCACGUCAGAUGCUACUCGACAAAACGAAUCCUGCCUAUGACCUCGAAUACCAUCGGGAGCGUGGCCGAAAGGUUACGGACAUCUUGUCUCGGCAGAAUAUUUGCCAUGUCGCACCCGGGUGCACAUGUGCCCUCGUCAAGCCCUCCAUUGAGGCCGUGCGCUCUUCGUACCUGGAGGAUGACGUGCCUGCAGUCAUUUUCGACGGAAACGGACUCACCGUGCGCCCUGCAUCGAAGGGCCCUUAUGUCGCAAUUUCCCAUGUCUGGGCGGACGGCUUAGGCAGCUCGACCGAGCACGGGCUCCCCCUGUGUCAAGUCGCGCGACUCGACGCUCUCGUCCGGAAGCUCGUCCCGGAUGGCGCGUUCUGGCACGAUGGACUGUGCGUCCCGUCGCCGAAGACGCAGAGGCCAACCUGGCAACGCGCGAUCAGCCUCCUCGCGCGAAUUUACGCUGGGGCAGACAAAGUCCUUGUCGUCGAUGGCGGCGUCCGUACGCAGUGCUCGCUGGCGAAGCCUGUCGAGGAGUGCUUGCUGAGGAUCGCGACGUCGGGCUGGGCGCAGCGCAUCUGGACGCUUCAGGAAGGAGUGCUUGCCCGCGAGCUCUACUUCGAAGUUGCAGACGGCCUCGUCGACUGCUCGCACUUCGACGGCGACGCGUCUUUCAUCACCUCCUGUCUCAUCCCCACCCUCCGAUAUCGCCGCCACGACGGCGAUUCCAAGUUCCAGCGCCGCCUGUCGCAGCGACCACGUUGCAGUCUGAACGACCUCAUCCGGUUCAUGCGGUUGCGUUCUUUUACUUGCCCCGAAGACGAGCCUCUGGCAAUCGCGGGGCUGCUUGGGAUCGAUGCAGCACCGCUCGCAGAGAUUCGAGAUGGACAGGAGAGGAUGAAAUCGCUCCUUCUGCAGGUUCGGGAGGUGCCUCACCGCAUGAUAAUAAGCCGCAGCUAA